AGCAGCUGGCCGGUCGUUUCUCACUCUCACACGUGCUUUUCAAGUUUCAAAUCCUUUUCUCCCUCACUACCAAAAUUCUAAACAAAAUAGAAAUUCAAUACUACUCUACGCGCUUCAUAUCUCUGACUCUAUCUCUCUCUACUAGUCGGUGCAUCGCUUUCUCAGAUCUCCCUCUAUCAGGCGGAUCUGAAUCUGAUCGAUACUCCGAUCGGAAAUAGAUGGAGAACUUGAUCUCACUCGUCAACAAAAUCCAGAGAGCUUGUACCGCUCUCGGUGACCACGGCGAAGCCAGUGCAUUGCCUACUCUUUGGGACUCUCUUCCCGCCAUCGCCGUCGUCGGUGGCCAGAGUUCAGGGAAGUCGUCUGUGUUAGAGAGCAUUGUUGGAAAGGACUUCUUACCUCGUGGAUCUGGGAUUGUUACUCGGCGUCCGCUUGUCUUGCAGCUCCAUAAGUUAGAGGAAGGCAGCAGAGAAUAUGCAGAGUUUCUUCACCUUCCGCGGAAAAGAUUCACUGAUUUUGCUGCUGUAAGGAAGGAGAUUGCAGAUGAGACUGAUCGAGAAACUGGCCGCUCAAAGCAGAUCUCUAGUGUUCCAAUCCAUCUUAGUAUACAUUCUCCUAAUGUUGUGAACUUGACACUCAUUGAUCUUCCUGGGCUUACAAAAGUUGCUGUUGAGGGUCAACCGGACAGUAUUGUGCACGACAUUGAAAAUAUGGUUCGCUCCUACAUUGAGAAGCCCAACUGUAUAAUUCUAGCCAUUUCACCUGCCAAUCAAGAUCUGGCUACGUCAGAUGCUAUCAAAAUCUCACGUGAAGUAGACCCUACAGGGGAUAGGACAAUUGGAGUGUUGACAAAGAUUGAUCUUAUGGAUAAGGGUACUGAUGCAGUGGAUGUAUUAGAAGGGAGGUCUAUGCGGUUGAAAUUCCCUUGGGUUGGGGUUGUGAACCGUUCACAAGCGGACAUUAAUAAGAAUGUUGACAUGAUUGCUGCUCGUCGUAGAGAGCGUGAGUAUUUUAAUAGUACCCCAGAAUACAAGCACCUAGCUCACAGGAUGGGUUCUGAGCAUCUAGCAAAGAUGCUUUCAAAGCAUUUGGAAACUGUAAUCAAGUCCAGAAUCCCUGGCAUCCAGUCCCUUAUUAACAAAACAGUUUCUGAACUUGAAACUGAACUGAGUCGUCUCGGAAAGCCUAUUGCUACAGAUGCUGGAGGAAAGUUGUACAUGAUCAUGGAGAUUUGUCGUGCUUUUGAUCAAAUAUACAAGGAGCAUCUUGAUGGCAUACGCCCUGGUGGUGACAAAAUUUACAACGUUUUUGAUAACCAGCUUCCUGCUGCACUUAAAAGGUUGCAGUUUGACAAACAACUUUCUAUGGAAAAUAUACGGAAGAUCAUAACUGAAGCUGAUGGUUAUCAACCUCAUUUAAUAGCUCCUGAGCAAGGAUAUCGUCGUCUCAUAGAAUCUACUAUAAUUUCCAUCAGAGGUCCUGCUGAGGCAGCUGUUGAUGCGGUUCAUGCCCUACUUAAGGAUCUAAUUCACAAGGCUAUCAGUGAGACUCUGGAGUUAAAGCAGUAUCCUGGCCUCAGAGUAGAGGUUGGAAAUGCAGCAAUUGACUCACUCGACCAAAUGAGGGAUGAAAGUAAAAAAGCAACACUUCAGCUAGUUGAUAUGGAGUGUAGUUAUCUGACAGUUGAGUUCUUCCGGAAGCUUCCUCAAGAUAUUGAGAAGGGUGGCAAUCCAACACAUUCAAUUUUUGAUAGAUACAAUGAUUCAUAUCUCAGGCGAAUUGGAACAACUGUUUUGUCGUAUGUCAAUCUGGUUUGUGCAAGUUUACGAAAUUCUAUUCCGAAGUCCAUUGUUUAUUGUCAAGUGCGGGAGGCCAAAAGAAGCCUACUUGACCAUUUCUUCAUAGAUUUGGGAAAAAUGGAUCCCAAGCGUUUGUCAUCAUUAUUGAAUGAGGAUCCAGCUAUCAUGGAGCGGCGAACUGCUCUAGCAAAGAGGCUGGAGUUGUACAGGAGUGCACAAGUGGAUAUUGAUGCAGUUGCUUGGUCUAAGUAGAGCGAUAUACUACGUAUGAUCUCUUUUUAUACGAGAGGAAUUUGGUGUGAUAUCAUUGGAUGGAGAUUGGAGAAGGGAGUGAGGUAGCUUGUUGUAUUCUUUUUUUUUUUUUUUUUUUUGGUUACUAAAUUUCCAAGAUGUGAUUUUCAUCUUUUUCUAGGUGAUAUUUUACGUCAUCUUUAUGUAUGAUACAUUUAUACAUACAUUCUAGAUGAUAUAGGAAUGCGUUUUAUUUUC